UUCUUAAAUAACGCUUCAUGCUUCUUUCUGGUCUGACUUUUUAAAUGGUUUAUCCUGGGGCUAUACGUUCAAGGUAUGAGCAUUCACUGGGUGUUUAUUGGCUUGCUCAGAAGCUUCAAACUUAUCAAUUAUGGAACUGCUUCUACUUGCUCUGCUCAUUCUCAUUGGAGGAUCCAGGCCUUCAUCAUUCAUAAUCCAUUGUUCUCGCGCCCGCGAAUCAAAAGGUCAGCUUGAUCAAACUUCUGACAAAACUACUUCGUGUUGGAACAGAACAAAAUGAAGUCUCUCCUCCGGACAUGAACCAAAUGAGUUUCCGCAAUGGCCAAACCUUCUUGACAAAGGUUUCAAUUUUCCCUAUCAGAUACGUGUCUUCCCUCUCACUUCUUGAAAUCCCAUUAACAUUUCAAGGUGGGCAUGGCAAAUGUCGCACACCUUUUAACCCAAUUGGCUUCUUUAGUGACCCAACCAGAACACGGAAUCCCACAGUCGGAGAGACCAAAUCAAUUCAUGCUCACGUCACGAAGACGUCCCUUGUUCAGUCCGAUGUCUUCGUUGCCAACUCUGUUAUUGAGUGCUAUUGUAAAUGUGCAGCAAUGGACGAUGCCACCCGAUUGUUCGAUGAAAUCCCUAGCCCAAAUGUUAUCUCUUGGAAUCUCAUCAUUUCAGGUUACAACCAUAACCUGAAAUAUGAGGAUUGCUGGAAAAUCUUUUGCAGAAUGAUUUCUUCUGGGUUUGACCCCAAUCAGUUCACCUAUGGGAGUAUUCUUUCAGCCUGCACUGCCUCUCAUGCUACUUUUUCUGGUCACCAGAUUUAUUCUCGCGUAAUAAAAAAUGGCUACUUUACUAAUGGAUAUGUCCGGACUGGAAUGAUAGAUUUGUUUGCAAAAAAUGGGAGUUUCAAAAAUGCUUUGACAGUAUUUCAAGAUGUUCUAUGUGAGAAUGUGGUAUGUUGGAACGCAAUAAUCGCUGGCGCUGUUAAGAAUGGAGAGAACAUAAUAGCUUUAGAUAUUUUUCAUCAAAUGUUAGGUGGGUUCUCGAUGCCAAACAGCUUUACAUUUUCAAGCAUUUUGACAGCUUGUACUGCUCUUGGAGAACUAGGGAUUGGUAAAGGGGUUCAUGGGUGGGUGAUCAAAUGUGGUGCAGAAGAUAUCUUUGUAGGAACUGCUAUUGUUGAUCUUUAUGCCAAGUGUGGUGAUAUUGGUGAAGCUGUGAAGGAAUUCUCAUGUAUGCCAGUCCAUAAUGUAGUUUCUUGGACUGCCAUAAUUUCUGGUUUUGUUCAGAAAGAGGAUUACAUUUCUGCUCUAAAAUUCAUUAGAGAAAUGAGAGCAAUUGGGGAAGAAAUUAAUACUUACACAAUCACAAGCGUGCUCACUGCUUGUGCUAAUCCUGAAAUGGUGAGAGAGGCUAUCCAAAUACAUUCUUUGAUUAUAAAAACUGGGUUUUAUUUGGAUUCCACGGUGAUGGGCUCUUUGAUUAAUAUGUAUGCAAAAAUAGGAGCAGUUGAAUUGUCUGAGAUGGUAUUUGGUGAGAUGGGGUAUGCCAACAACUUGAGUGCUUGGGCAGCUAUUAUAUCUGCUUUCGCUCAGAACCAGAGUCCAGGAAAGACAAUUGAAUUAUUUAGGAGGAUGGUUCAGGGAGGUUUGAGACCUGAUGAAUUUUGUAGUUCUAGUAUUUUAAGUAUUGUUGACCAUUUAUAUCUUGGGAAACAGAUCCAUUGUUACAUUUUUAAAGUUGGGUUGAUUUUUCAUGUUUCUGUUGGAAGUGCUCUUUUCACAAUGUACUCCAAAUGUGGGAGCUUAGAAGAAUCUUAUGAAAUUUUUGAACAAAUCCAUGACAAGGACGAAAUUUCAUGGGCCUCAAUGAUUACUGGUUUUGCAGAACAUGGUUGUGCAGAUCAGGCUUUUCAUCUGUUCCGUGAGAUGGUGCUUGAAGAAAUCAGACCUGAUGAAAUUUCCUUAACUGCUAUUCUCACUGCCUGUUCUUCUCUUCAGUCCUUGAAGAAAGGCAAAGAAGUUCAUGGACAGGCUCUUCGUGUAGGAGUUACCAAAGAGAUACUUGUUGGUGGUGCACUUAUAACUAUGUAUUCGAAGUGUAAAGCCCUAGUAUAUGCUAGAAGAGUGUUUGAAGUGAUGCCUCAAAAAGAUAAUGUAACAUGGUCAUCCUUGCUUUCAGGGUACACCCAAAAUGGAUAUAUUGAGGAAGCAGUUUUGAUGUUCCGUGAGAUGCUAGUGACAGGUUUGGAGAUUGAUGGAUUCACAGUCUCAUCAGUUCUUUGUGCAGUUACAGGCUUAACAAAUUCUUGCCUAGGUAAUCAGUUACAUGCUUACACAGUGAAAGUGGGAUUGCGUUCAGACCUUCUUGUAGGCAGUUCACUUGUUACAAUGUACUCCAAAUGUGGUAGUAUUGAUGAUUCUCGUAAAGUGUUUGAUCAAAUUGACAAACCUGAUUUGGUCACAUGGACAGCAAUGAUCAUGAGCUAUGCUCAACAUGGAAUAGGUGAGGAAGCCUUAAGAAUUUAUGACCUCAUGAGAGAACAAGGAGUAGCACCUGAUUCUGUGACUUUUGUGGGCGUUUUAUCUGCUUGUAGCCACAGUGGUUUGGUGGAAGAAGGGUAUUUCCAUUUGAAUUCAAUGAGAAAUGACUAUGGACUUGCUCCAGGUCUCCAUCACUAUGCCUGUAUGGUUGAUCUGCUUGGUAGAUCAGGGAGACUUAAAGAGGCUGAACAGUUUAUUGGUAAUAUGUCUAUUAAACCUGAUGCUUUGAUAUGGAGCACUCUACUUGGUGCUUGCAAACUACAUGGUGAUAUAGAGCUUGGUAAACUGGCUGCCAAAAGGGUUUUUGAGUUGGACCCUGGUGAUGAUGGGGCAUAUGUGUCUUUGUCAAACAUCUUUGCUGAUGUGGGCCAUUGGGAAGAAGUCCUCAAGAUUAGAAGUUUGAUGAAGGGAACUGGGGUAAAGAAGGAUCCUGCAUGGAGUUCUGCAUGAACAUGAUUUAUAUACCUUGUUUAGUAUUUGUUAUACAUUUAUCUCAGAAGAUUAUUUAUGUGAAACUUUUUCUAUCUUCUAAAGUUUUUCCCUUUUUUUGUCUAUGAGCAAUGAGAUUUGUUUUUUUCA